AUGGCCGACCACUCGGAGCUGGUGUCGGAGCUCCCCCUGGUGGAGAAGCUGAGCACCCAGGAGCGGCUGAAGCACGCUAGGAAGCGGCGUCAGCAGCAGCUGAAGCGAUGGCAGCAGCAGCAGCAGAAGGAGCAGCAGCGCAAGAAGCAGAGCCCGGAGGCCAAGGCGAAGAAGAAGAGCUACAAGGUGCACUUCGUGCCCAGUGUCAUGCUGCUUGAAGCGGCGGCCAGGAACGACAUCGAAGAAGUUCGCCGCCUGCUGCUGUUGGGUGUGAGCCCGGAUUCGACGAACGAAGACGGACUGACGGCCUUACAUCAGUGCUGCAUCGACGACAGCGAAGCCAUGCUCCUUCUCCUGCUCGAUCAAGGGGCGGACGUCAACGCGGCCGACAGCGAGCGUUGGACGCCACUGCACGCCGCCGCCACUUGCGGACACCUGCACCUGGUGCGCCACCUGGUGGAGAGGGGCGCAGACCUGCUGGCGGUGAACGCGGACGGCAACAUGCCCUACGACAUCUGCGAGGACGAGAGGACGCUGGACUACAUCGAGGCGCAGAUGGCGGCCAAAGGUGUGACCCAGGAGAUGAUCGACGAGACGAGGGCCCUCUCCGAGCGUCGGAUGUUGAGCGACCUCCAGUCCCUACUCCAGGACGGGGGAGACAUCGAAUACCGGGACCACCAGGGAGCCACGCCGCUGCACAUCGGCGCCGCCAACGGCUACGUCAGCGUGGUGGAAUUCAUCCUGGAGCACCACGGGUCUACGCACGUGGCAGACAACGACCUCUGGCAACCCAUACACGCCGCCGCCUGCUGGGGUCACCCUGACGUAAUCGAGAUGUUGGUGAUGGCGGGGGCGGAUCUUACGGCCAAGACGAAAAACGGAGAGACGCCCUUUGACAUCUGUGAGGACCCCGACCUUAAAGAACGAAUUCUGCAGCUGAAGAGCGAAAUUGAGACGAAGAGAGCCACACAGCCACAGAAGCUCAGACGAUCUCACAGCCACAACACAAGGAGCCAGAGCGUCCGUCGCACGAGCAUCCGCGACAAGUCUCUCAUCUCGAGGAGGGAGGCGCGGGAGGAGGCCCGGAUGAGGCACGAGCCCCCCAGGGACCAGCAGAGUGGGACCGACGAGGAAGAGGAAAAAAUCCAACAGGACAUGGAAGCGAACGAAAAACAAUGUCUUCAAACCAAGCAGCCAGACGUGGAGGACAUGGUCGUGUCUCAGGACAAAGACGCCCCACAGAAGGCAAAACAGCUCAGCAAAGGACCCGCCGAGGACAAUCAGGAGGACGACGACCUGUGCAAGCAGCAGCAUCAGGUGGUUGCAGAGGACACUGUCAUCCAGCAUUCCGAGUCCGUGAAAGUGGAAAUCCACGUGACGGUCAACACCACCCCCAACUAUCCCUCCGGCCACGGGACCCUGGCAGACCUCAAAAAGCACAGAGCUGACUUGAGGAGUCUGAUGUUGACCGCACCUACCCAGCCAGACGACAAGCGCAGCCACACCUUCACCUACCUGUACGAUCGCCCACCAUCCCCCACGAUAUCCCUCAGACGAUUCUGUAGCGAUCCUUCCGAAAUUGUGGGCGGCGAUGUGCACAAGCAGGGAUGUUGUGUUGUCAUGUAG